AUGUGGAGAAUCUGUGGGUGCACUUGGUAUCCUGCCCAUCAACUCAGCCAAAAGCUUGCAUUUAUCUGGGAAGUUUCUGGGAGGCGCUUCGGGGCCGUCUCCAAAAUUAAGCCCCUCGUCCUCGUCCACUGCGGUAUAGCCUGGCAAACCCUGGAAUCAAACCAGCCCCCACGUCAGAGCCUGCAAGCUACACGUGAUUCUCUCACUAAAAACAGUAAUAAAAAUAUGCCUUAUCUCCCUGAAGCUGAAAGGGUCCCCGAUAAGGCAGCUUUGAGGGCCAAUACCGCUCGGCAGAGGCUGGUGAAAUCUCAGGACCAAAACAGUCUGCCCAAACGGAGAAGGACUAGGAUGGCGAUCUGUGCUUCCAUCGCACGGACGCUUGCAUCGGAUGCGUGUAUAGAAGACCUGGUGAUGCAAGCUAGGAAGAUCAAGUACGACGUCAUCGGAUUGACCGAGGCGAGAAGGCAUCGCCGCUGCACGCUGCAUUUCAGACUGGAGAGGAACUGA